UAGAAACAGGGACGAUACCCUUAAACAUGCUGCGCGCGCUCCCGCGGACAGCAGUCAGUUUUCGGCAGACGAUCAGUUUUCGGCACGACACCGGACAUCACUAGCAGGAGAAGCAGUCAGUGGAGACGACAAGAGUGGGCUACUCAUUGCUAUUUAGAACAAAUGGCAAGUGCUGUACUGUUCCUGCACUAGUUUCGAUUUGAUCCAUUCACGGGCUAUAGGCUUUAGCUGUGCUGACUGUAAGGGUGUGGACAGGAGAAUCAGUCAGUGGAGACGACGAGAGUGGCCAUGACAUCACAGCCAAUUGAAGUGGCAGCUCUGGGAAGACCUCUGUUUCCUGGUAUGCUGUAUGACUGCCGCAAGGACACCUUCAUUCCAGGUGUUACUCUGUGGGAUAAGAAGUCACUGAGUGAAGAUUUGGACAGUCGUCUACAGCCCAUGACAGAUUUGAAGUUCAGUAGCUCCGACUCUCUCUCUAGUAAGUCCAGUCUCCUGGAUGUAAGCGCUUCCCUGAAGGCCAGCUUCUUGGGAGGGCUGGUGGAGGUGGGAGGAUCUGCCAAGUUUCUGCGUGACACUAAAUCCUCAAACCAACAGUCCAGAGUUACAAUGUAUUACAAAGAAACCACCAGAUUCGAACAGCUCACCAUGUCCCAGCUGGGCCAGAUCACCUACCCUCAGGUGUUUGACCAGAAAACUGCGACUCAUGUGGUCACGGCUGUACUGUACGGAGCUCAGGCCGUCAUGGUGUUUGAUCGGACAUUUUCAGAAGAGGAAAACAAGAGGGAGAUUGAGGGAGAACUGAAUAUCAUGGUCAAGAAGAUUCCUCAAUUUUCUAUUGAGGGAAAAGGAGAUGUAGAUAUGACAGAAGGUGAUAAGAAAGUGGCUGAGAGCAUCACAUGCACAUUUUAUGGUGAUGUCCGCCUUGAGCAGAACCCCACCACAUACAUAGAGGCCCUAGAGGUCUACAAGAAACUCCCCACUAUCCUGAAGGAGAAUCCACAGAAUGCAGUUCCAAUAAAAGUCUGGCUCUAUCCUCUUUCUCUACUGGAUACAAAAGCUGCUCAGUUGGAGAGAGAAAUCACCACACGUCUGGUUUCCAACACUGAAGAUAUAAUGAAGGAGCUGGGGGAGGCAGAGAGGACAUGCAACGACCUGUCUAGAAGAAUGAUGUUGAAUGCUUUCAAUGACAUCAAAAAGAGGCUGUGCGUAUUUCAGGGCUGUCUUAACAUUUACAAAAUGGUGUUCCUGAAAGCAGUGGCCAGGGUCUUGCCUGCUAUACGAGGAGGUGAGAUCAAGGAGAAGUCCCUGGAAGACAUCCUGAAGAUCCACUACAGCUCCCCUUUUAAUGCUGACAUGCUUAACCAGUGGUUAGAUCAUGCAAAGUUUCAACUUGACCUCUUGAGUUUUCACACCAAGAUGCUGGAGGGAAUCAUAACUGUAGACUCAGACCAUCUCAAGACCAUCCUCUUUAAUCUUGAUAUUGAUGUUGUGGUGUGCUUGACCUUCACAUCUCUGAAGUAUGAAGACCAGUAUAUUUCAACCCUGAAGGAGUUUCUGGAAUCUGACAAGUUUGUAGAGCUAGAUGUGGUAAUGAAUCCACGUUCUAGCAUGUUAGCAUCGUGGUUCAACAAUCCUGAUGUCAUCUCAAAGAUGAGAGAGAACUUAUCUCUUUUCAAAUGUUUUUCAGAGGCUAAUAAAGAUGAAAAGCGAUACCGAUUCAUCAUUUCUGCCAUCAUGGAUCCAUCCAGUCCAGGCUCCUCCAUCUAUCUGUAUGAAAAAGGGAAGCUGACAGACACACAGUUCCAGCCUGUGUCGAAGCCUCCCCCACCAGCAGUGAAGAAUGAACUGGACCGCUCUGUGUCCCUGAAACUGCAGAAGUCCCCGACUGGAGAAACUGUGCAGUACAGAGUAGAGUACCAGCAGGUGAAAGCAGAUUCUGGUGCUGAGGAACAGUGGCUUGUCAGAAACACAGCUUAUGAAGACUUUACUCUGACUGGAUUGGAGUUUGAAAAGCAGUACUUGAUCCGCUACAGGAUAGUGGGUAAAGUGGGAGUGAGUGAUGCCAGUGACAAUAUCAGCCCCAUAGUCUUUGUUCCCAGGACCAGGAACCACUUCCUACAAUAUUCCUAUCAGCUCACUCUGGAUCUGAACACAGUGAAUAAAGGCCUCCGUCUGUCUGAGAGCAACAGAGUGAUUACUAACACUGAUACACGCCAGUCAUAUCCUGAUCAUCCAGACAGAUUUGAUAAUGCGUUGUUUCCACAGGUGUUGUGUAAUGAGAGUGUGUGUGAUCGACGCUGUUACUGGGAGAUUGAGUGGAGUGGAGAUUAUGAUGUGUCCAUGUCAGUGUCAUAUAAGAGCAUCAGGAGGAAGGGAGGUCAUGAGUGUGUGUUUGGAGGUAAUGAUCAGUCCUGGAGUUUGUUCUGCUAUUCCUCCAGUUACCAAUUCUGGCACAAUAACAUACGCACUGAUCUCCCUGUAAAGCCCAUCAUCAGCAAUAGAACAGGAGUGAAUGUGAAUUACUAUAGAGUAGGAGUGUAUGUGGAUCACAGUGCAGGAACUCUGUCCUUCUACAGCGUCUCUGGAGACACAAUGAUCCCCAUCCACACAGUCCAGACCACAUUCACUCAACCGCUCUAUCCUGGGAUUGGUGUUGAAUAUGGAUCAGUGAAACUGUGUUGAUGAAUCAGAACAGACUGACGAGAGAUUCUACCCAUAAUGCUUUGAGCUCAUGAUGAAUCAGUGACAGUGAGAUGAUAUAGAGUCUCUUCAUUACAUUAAUACUGAAAUAUCAUGACACAAUAAACGUGUGUGUGUGUGUGUGUGUGUGUGUGACAGUAAGAUCUGUGUGUGUGUGUGUAUUUGUGCUUUUCUCAAGCUCUGUUUGUGUUGAUGGAGAUCAGCUUCAUUUAGUUUUAUUAUAGUACCAAACAGAUCAUUUGUAAUGUCUGUAUGUAGAUUUGGGAUUUGUUUAACAUCUUGUAAUCAAAGUGUAUUUUAGGGGUUCAAGCACUGAAGCUGCUGCAACAUUAUUUGUACUGUUUUGCCAAAUAUUUUUUUUUAAAUAAAUGAAUAAAUAAACUGAUACAUCAAAGCACUGUGAGGAUA